GGGAAAGAAAUCGAACGGAGUUUCGUUGUAAUGUCUCGCAACUGCAGAACACCACACCCCAAAUUUUGUUCAUAUGGUUGAAAGAAUGAAAGCUUACAAGGCUAUCAAAUAUACUUUGUUCGUCUGCUGCUACUUAUUCUGGGUUGCCAGCGCUGUGCUAAUUGCAGUUGGUGUAUAUGCCAAGAUUGCCAAGGAGGGAGAUGUAGUGGACUCCCUGACGGCUGACCCAGCCCUGCUGCUCAUUUGCACUGGCUCCUUAAUGUUCAUCAUUACCUUCUUUGGUUGUUUCGGAGCACUGCGCAAUGGAGUCCCAUUGUUAAAACUGUUUUUAGGAAUUUUGGUGGCAAUUCUACUCAUGCAGAUUGCAGCUGCUGUGCUUGGGUUCCUUUUCUCUGACUUGGUUCUGGAGAGGACAGAGCAGCUGAUGGCAAAAGGAAUUGCACGCUACCGUGAGGACUUGGACCUGGAAAAUCUCAUCGACUUUGUACAGAAAAAAUUCCAGUGCUGUGGAGUUCACACAUACAAGGACUGGUCUGGUAAUGUGUACUUCAAGUGUUCUGAGACCAACCCCAGCCUGGAGGGCUGUGGGGUACCCUUCUCCUGCUGCAUACGAUGGAAAAAUGAGUCAGUUCUGAACACCAUGUGUGGCUAUGAAACUCAGACCCUGGAGGAACGCAUUGCAAAGGAGAGCAUCCACACCACUGGCUGCCUGGACAAAAUUGUGAGAUGGGGGAAACAAAACCUAAUCCUCGUGGGUGGAAUGACAGUUGGGCUGCUCGGUCUUGAGAUAUUCAUGAUCUGCUUAGCUGCUGCCCAGAUCUCUCGCAUCAGAGGCAAGCCGAAGAAGAAGGUAAACAGCAGAGGAAGGGCUCGCUGACGUACAGGAGGGUGCGCUACCUAGCGAUGCUCCCAGUGCAUGUCUGUGGGACGUCAAUGAAAAUCUCUGGGGCUUGAAAAUAAUUGUUUCCAUCGAGUUCAUUGGGACAUGCUUUACAGUAUGAUCUGCAACAACAUGCCAGUAUUACAGUGUAAAUCAUGCAGAGAAAGAGACCUUGGUAUCCAUUUACUGUGAAUUAAAGCCAGAAGCAGGCACAGCCAGUCCCUGUCCUUGUGGUUGCCAGGGUUUCUCCUCAUCUUUGUACAAUUCAUGUUGUUCUGUAAACAGCUGAGGCCCUGGGGUUUCUGGGGGACUGGAACUGGCCAGUUUAACUUUAAAGUAGCUGUUGCCUACAUGGGUCUGUGUGUGUAAUUCAUUUAGUGUUGGAAAUAUAUGUUACUGAAAGCUGUGAUAUUUUUUUAAAUUUGAGAUGAUUUCUUGCUGAUUCUGAUUUUUUUUGAACAAUCUUUUUAUUUGAGCUGCUGGCAGGAAUUCACUUUUUAUUCUACGUAAAGUUCAAAAUAUUUAA